GCCCUCUUCUUUCCCUAACAUUGUCAAGAUGGAUGUGAAGUUCCUGGGGACAGUCUGCAUGAAUGUUGUUGUUGGACCGAGUCCUGUCUGCUGUCACUCGUAUAAACUCUGCAUGACUGAAGCAGAAGGAAAGCAGCAGUCUGAAGAAGAGGAUGUUCAACUGCAUUUGGUGGUGGGGGCCAAGUAACCACUGAGAUUCUGCAUACAUAUGGAAUCAAAGCUCCAGUCUGUGCCAGUAGUUCCUGCUGUCUGGAAUCCACAGCAUGUCAUAGCUGAGUGGGAGGUCCACAGGCAUAACCAACCAUGACCGCCAACAAGAGCGCCAAGGCUGCUCCCCAAAGUGGAGGGGGUAAAGUCUCACGGGAUAUCCUGGACAGGUACCAGUCCACAUCCCCACCUCCAGAUCUCUCGAAUGUGAAGGGACUAGCCCAGACGUUGAGCGACAGUGAGGAAGGUUCUCGACAGAACAGGUACUCCAAGGCAAGUGAUGAGAAGCCCCCAAGUGGGCGGCCCUGGAGCAGCAAGAGCGCCAGCCUGCGCCCUGGACUUUCAUGCCCAUCUGACCUCAUCUCCCAGGGCCGGCUCCCGAAGGCCGAGAGCUUCAGUUGCCUGGACAGCAAGCUCUCCAACUACAAGCAAUCUGAAGGGGAGGGUGACCAGGAGAAGAAGGAGAACGGGCAGGAGGCUGGUGCUGGCUCGGCAGGCUGGAGCACCCUCUCCUUGAUUCCAGCCUCAGUUCGCAGCCACCACCAGCGAACCCUCUCACUGGGCCGUCCGGUUACAUGCCAUUCUUCUGCCGGCAUCCGCAAGAGGAUCUCCGAAUGGGAAUGUCGGAGAGAGGCUCUGACUAAGAUGAGCCUGUGCAUUGAAAAGAGGCAGCUGGGCGAGCGAGGAGGAGGCAGCGAGGUCUGCUCCAGCCUCCUGUCUUCACCCUGCAGCGACAAGACUUUUGACUUCAAAGGCAUCCGUAGGACGAGCAUGGCCUUCUCUGAGUGCUCCUAUCCAGAGACUGAGGAGGAGGAGGUGGCUACAGCCUCAGAUCGGGAGUGCCUCGGCCGCUUUGAAAAGCGGCCCAGCAAAACGGAGGCCACGGGGCUUUUCCUUCGCUCCUUCGCCAGCCGCAAGGAUACCUCUGCCGUCCUCAAUCGCAUACAAAAGAUUGAGCAGGCACUGAAGGAGAGCCCCUCACCGAACCCUCCUCAGUACCCCAGCAGCUGCUAUGCCCCUGAAAAUUUGCAUAACAAGAGGUUCACGAUAGGUGGACCCGAGGAGUCAUACAGUGUGCGAGGUGCCAAGAGGGGCAGCAUUGUUUCUGUUGCCACCGAGAUGGACGCUCCCUCAGAUCCCGAUGGUCUUGUCAGGCUGAAGCAGCAAGGCGGCAUGUGCUCAAACAGUCCUGAGCUGGCCUCUCUCGAAAUGCAGGGGGGUCUGUCGGUCAACCCCGUGCCCAAACCCAAGCGCACCUUUGAGUAUGAAGCCAACCACAACCACAAUAGCACAUUGCCAAGCAAUGGUCUACCUCCCAGCUCCCUUGAUUCUCCUCCCCCACUCCCCAGUACUCCCCCCCCUAGCAGGGCUCAAAGCCAGAAGGUUGAAGGAAGCCCCUACAAGAGAGUCCUGGACAGAGAGUCAUGUGAGUCUGAGGAUGCGGCUAGCCUGCCCUCCUCGUACCCUUCCUCGCCCACGGAGAAUGGUACCGCUUCCCCAGAGGUCUGCAGCCGCCCCAGCUCCAAAAGCACUCUGGAGGAGAACGCCUAUGAGGACAUUGCAGAGUCGCACAAAGAGAACCCCUACGAGGACGUGGACCUGAAGGGUCGCGCAGCCAGCAGGAAGUCAAAGUUGCUGUUACAGGGCUCUCGGGACUCUCUCAAUAGGAUGUGGACCUCCCAGGGCAGGAAAUUCACUACACCUCCCCAGCUUCCCUCCAAACCCAACAGCCAAGCACUGCGCCUGCCAGGUGCUGCCGACAGGAAGUGCCACCGGAUACCCCGUCUGUCAAAACGCCGCAGCCGUGAUGACCUCCUGCCUCCACCUUCUCCCUGUGGCCUGUUGGAUGGCAGCCUGAGUGGCUCCAGCCACACGUUAGCCUCUCACCGGCCCAGGAGGGUCCCCAAGCUUGUACGGAGAAUAAACUCCAUCUACUCUAGCAAAAGGGGGAAGAAGAGACUCAAGAAGCUGUCCUUAUCCAAUAUCGAGACAGCUUCUUUAAGAGAUGACAACAGCGAGAGUGAAAGCGACUCUGACGACAGGUUCAAAGCACAUGCCCAGCGUCUACAGAAACUGCAAUCUCUACUGCAACGAGCCCCCAGCUACCGCACGCUGGAAAUGCAGCUGAUCGAGUGGCAGGAGCGGGAGCUCUUUGAGUACUUUGUGGUGGUUUCCCUGAAGAAGAAACCUGCCAAGAAUUCGUACGUCCCGGAAGUCACCUACCAGUUCCCUAAGCUGGAGAGGCCCACCAAACAGAUGAGGGAAGCAGAGCAGCGUCUCAAAGCCAUCCCACACUUCUGUUUCCCAGAUGCCAAGGACUGGAGCCCUGUGUUGCAACACAACAGUGAGACCUUUUCCUUCAUGCUGACUGGAGAAGAUGGGAGCAGACGAUUUGGAUACUGCCGACGGCUGCUGCCCAGUGGGAAAGGCCCCCGCCUGCCUGAGGUUUACUGCAUCAUCAGUCGCCUGGGCUGUUUCGACUUGUUCUCCAAGAUCCUGGAUGAGGUGGAGCGGCGCAGGAGCAUCUCAGCUGCCCUUGUGUACCCCUUCAUGAGGAGCCUGAUGGAGUCGCCCUUCCCUGCCCCUGGAAAGACCAUACGGGUUAAGACUUUUCUACCGGGAGCAGGGAAUGAAGUGAUGGAGCUGAAGAGGCCCAUGGACUCCCGGCUGGAGCACGUGGAUCUGGAGAGUCUUUUCUGCUGCCUGAGUGUGCGCCAGGUGGUCCGUGUAUUCGCCUCGCUGCUGCUGGAGCGCAGGGUCAUCUUCGUGGCAGACAAGCUCAGCACCUUGUCCAGCUGUGCCCAUGCUGUGAUUGCCCUACUGUACCCCUUCUCAUGGCAACACACCUUUAUCCCUGUAUUGCCAUCUUCCAUGGUGGACAUCGUGUGCUGCCCAACUCCCUUCCUGGUGGGCCUGCUCUCCAGCUCGCUGCCCAAGCUCAAGGAGCUCCCUGUGGAGGAGGCUUUGAUGGUGGACCUCAGGACAGACCGCUUCAUUAGACAAAUGGACGAUGAGGCCGCUCUGCUGCCGCGAAAACUUCAGUCCGCUUUGGAGCAGGCUCUGGAGCACAGGAUCGACAUCGUCAGUCAGGACUCGGACAGCGAAUCGGACGAAGAGUGCAGCUCAAUGAACAGCGUGGUCUCUGAGGCCUUCAUCCGUUUCUUCCUGGAGACCAUUGGACACUAUUCGCUGUUCCUGACCCAGAAUGAGCGCGGGGAGCGUGUCUUCCAGAGGGAAGCCUUUCGAAAAUCAGUGGCCUCCAAGAGCAUACGCCGCUUCCUUGGCGUCUUCAUGGAGUCCCAGAUGUUUGCCGGCUUCAUUCAGGACCGAGAGCUGCGGAAGAGCAGGGCAAGAGGUCUUUUCGAGGAGAGGGUGGAGCAGUACCUGGAGGAACUGCCAGACACAGAGCAGAGUGGAGUGAACAAGUUCCUCAAGGAUCUGAGCAGUAAAAUGAAGUUCCUUCACAAAAAGAACUGAAUCAAAGACAUCCUACUGUGCCUUUUAAAGAAGAUACCAAAUACCAUGGCUUUGGUUUUGUACAGCCAUUUUUAAUAUUGACAUUAGAGGAACCAGCUGUGCCUUCCUUACAGAACCUGUUCUAUGGUGGAACCCUUUAUAUCCUGUACAUAUCUUACUGUAAACUGGCCGAUAUUUUCUAAAUCAAUCAUCUUAAUGACUUCAGGAUGAGUAGCUUUAUAAUGGGUGGCACCUAAUAAAUGUCCAUUCAAACAAUGCUAGUAAAGUAUCGCAGCAGAUACUGAAGUGACUGAAUCCAAGUUUGACUCUUAGGCUUUUAAGAAUGUAAUUGCUUUGAAAUAUUUUAAAAAUAUUUUAUACCUUUUCUCAAAAUGGAAUUAGGUACUUCUGAUGCAAGACCCCAGGCAUUAAGUACAUAAGUUUCAUAUAUACAUAAAUGUACACAAAGAAAAUAAUAUUCCUGUGUGACACUUGUGAUUGUCUAAUAUGUUGUGUAAAAUUAAAGAAAAAAUCUUAUUGCUUUUCCAGAAUGAUUAAGUAGAACUUGUAAGUACCAUGAGUAUGUGCAGCAUGGUUGCACAAGUAGCACUGCUAUCUCACGGUGCCUGGGUGGUCUAGAGUAUGUGGGUUCCA